CCAAUUUGUCCAUAAUAGCGGUUUUCUUUGUAAAUAAUUUCCCAUUGAAAAUGUCAUUUAUAAUUUGUCUGAUCCGUGUUUAUGGGUUGUCUGUGGUUGGAAUGAAUUAAAAAAAUAAUACAGAAAACGAUAUUUACUGUAUAAAAAAAUCUUUACUUCUAAUUUCUAUUACAUCUAUAUAUAUAUGGCGAGCGCAUAUUUCAUCAUGAAAAUAAUACGACGUAAACGCCAAAAAGCACUGAGAAAACAAUUAUCUACAAUUAAUAUUGACAAAGAAUUUGAAUUAAACAAAAAUAAAGAUUUUCAGAAGUGUAGGAUAUGUUUAAAUAAAGGUAACAUUCCUAUUUUUUCGUCUCAAGAAGACAUUUCUCAGGAUAUACGUAUAUUUGGUGAUAUAGACAUAAGUGAAUAUGAUGAGUAUCCUAAAUAUUUAUGCAAUUCUUGCCAUUCUUUAUUACAAGGCGCUAUAAUCUUUCGAAAGUCUGCUAAAGACUCUGAUAGAUUUCUACGUAACUCGUCUAACUUUUCUGAUGAACAAUCAAGUAACACAUUCUUGGGAGAUGAAAAUGGAGCUAAAGACAUAAUUAAUGAACUUUCCCCCGAUUCUUAUAACUGUAAAACUUGUAAUAUUAAGUAUUCCACUAAAGAAGAGUAUUUACUACAUAAAAAUUCGAAACAGCAUAGAAAUGUUCGAAUCCAGUGUUCAAUAUGUUACAGAUUGCUAACUGUCCAAUUAUACAAUAAACAUUUAGAACGACAUCAAUCAGCUUCACAUCUCAUCUGUGAAGUGUGUGGAAAACUUUAUCGCAAGGACAACUUGUUUAGGCACCUCCAGUUGCACAGUUUUGAUUUGCCAUUUAAAUGUCAAAUGUGCCCAUACAGGGGCCGAUUUUUAGAAUCGCUCAAGAUUCAUAUGCGGACUCAUACAGGAGACAAGCCCUUUUCAUGUGACAAAUGUGAAUUGAGAUUUUUAACUAGAAGCAAUUUGAACAGGCAUCUAUUAACUCAUAAAAAAGAUAGACCUUAUAAAUGUACGGAGUGUGGAAGAGGGUUUUAUACAAAGCAUGAUAUGGGUGCCCAUUUCAAAUCUGAUCAUGCUGGAAUUAAGGACUUUGGAUGUAAACUGUGUGGCAAUAAGUAUGGAACACGAAAAGCACUUAUGAGACAUGAGUUGAGAGUCCACAAAAGGGAUAAGAUGGCCAAGGGAAGGAUGCCAUUAUAUUUACAGGCAGAAUAUAGAAAGCCCCAUGAAUCUUUAUGAAUCAUAGUAUCUCAUUUAUAUUGGAAAAAUAUUCUAGUCAAUUUAUAAAUGAUUCAAACUGUUAAUAUAUUUUAUUCCACAACAAAAAGGUACACUUCAAUACAAUUUUUAAUGUGUAAACAUGAACAUCUAAUAAUAUCAAAGCAGUUCUUGUACAUAUAUAUUUAAAUGUAUACAAACAUCUCAAACAGUGCUAAUGCUAAGUAAAAUUGUUUUACCUAAACAAUACAAUGAAUCGAGGGUCCAGGAAAUCAUGAAUAACAUAUCAAUAUUAAAGAGGCCCACAUUGUGAUCACACAAUUAUAUGAGUGUACUGUACUUCAAAUGUUUGUUUUAACAUUAGACUUUUAUUAAUAGAACUUUCGUUUUUCAUAAGCAUGAUCUUGAAAAACAAAUGAAAACAAUUUAUCCUUAAUUAUGAUGAGUUUUCUAUAGUUACUUUAAAAUAAUAAUAAAAAUAUAGUAUUGGUAUAAAAAUC